AGUGCAUCUGUGGCGAGUGGCACGUCAACGAAUCAUGAAUCUGUUGUGCUGAGGACACCAGCAAUGAUUGCGCCGAUCACGAGUCAGUCGACUGGCUUCUUUAGGGCGAAUGUUACACACUGUGUUCGACAGGCGAUGCUUGCAAAGGACAGAAAUGGCAAAUAUGGAAUGCGAUUUCGAUCGAUCAAUAAGGGUAUAUUCGUGCAGUUCGUAGCUGACGGCUCUCCUGCCGCUUAUGCUGGAAUUCGUUUCGGUGACCAGAUCUUGAAACUUAACGACACCGAAGUGAUUGGAAUGACUGCUGAUAAGGCAAUGGACUUAAUGACGAACACGAAGAACCCGCAACAACUUUUGGUGACGUUCCGGGAUAGGGCUUCGAGUUCGUUAGGACAUAGCUUUUCAUUUGCUGCAAAUCAGCUUAUUGUUAGGAAAUCUAUACAGCAGUAUCAGUUCAUUGACUGUUACAGGCCUUUCGAACGUACCAUAACGCUCCAUCGGGAUAGCAGUGGCAAUUUCGGGUUUACGCACAAAGAGAAUCUAAUAACAGCAAUCGCAAAAGAUUCAAGUGCUAGUCGUAACGGUCUCUUAAUUCAGCAUCGAAUUAUCGAGAUUGAUGGACGGAAUGUUAUCGCUUAUAAG